AAAAAGUUAAAACCGUUCAAAAAUUCAAUUUGUCACUUUAUAAAAAUUAAUUUUAAUUUAAUUAAAACAUACUUUUCUAUCGUCGGCAGUAAAGCGCUACGCUGUUACAUACUAUGAGCACAAUAGCCUGAAAUUGAAUCAUUUAAAGGGGAAAGGACCUUCACUUUCAAGCUUAAGGGCCUCGAAAAAUGGGUGGCCCUAGGCUGCCGCCCGGCCAACCACACCCUUAAUCCGCCACCGGUGCUGUACCACUAGUACCAGUGAUGUAUCGACGUGGAUGAGCAGAUGACGCUGGUUGAAAACAAAACAAGAAAUGUAAUCAUAAACAAUUCGACAGAGUUAACCAUUUAAACCUAGAUAACGAGUGGUGAAGUGAGCUGAUUGGUCCACUUCCUCCACUUACGGAUCAACACGCUAAGUUUGUAUGUUGCGUGUGAUUGUGUUAAUGGUUUUAAUACCAAUCUCCAGCCGUCGGGGACACGUGUAUUAAUACUUGUGAUCUGAAUGGAUCUCUCACUUCACUAGAGCAAUACGAGAUGCGAGCAAUCUUCAGCAAUGAUUUUUUUCAAGGAACGAAUCUAUUCAAAGGCAUCUAUAUCUAAUCAAGCACGUCGAAUGUAUCCGUUCUCAAAACAACGCCUUCUGACUUUUCUUGCAUGCAGGAAGCUGAACAGGAAACAACUUGCCGUCGUUCUCAUGGUGAUGUUUAUUUUCGUCUUCGCUGAACUGGGUUUCUUCGUUAGGGUCUCAUCGUCAGACAAGAACCCAAAGUACACGCCCAUCGCGAUUCAAAUGUUGGAUCAGUAUUUUGAAAAUCCACUCUUUGCCCAUAAAUUUAGAUUUUUUUAUAAAGGUUUGGGGAUUGACGAGGCAGAGGUGUAUAUCCAUACAUUAAAACUGCGAAGAGGCAUCAUCAAGCAAAACUUGAAUGAAAAAAAAAGUCUUAUGGAACUCAUUCACGAGAAUCCUUCUAGUGUUAUUUUACAAAUACAGAUAGGUGAGCAUUUGGAAGCGGUUCGUGAGUUUUUAAAAUCUUUAACUCAGGUUAAGUAUACGAGCUUAACGAUCCUUGUUUUUGUGAUAGAAAAUUUCAAUCGUUUGACGGACAUUUUGAUUCGGAAUUACGACUUACCAUCCCCGUUCGUGGUCCUCAUCAGUCCUUUCUGCGCCCGACUGAACCUACUGUGGUUCCCCGGGGAUUACCCCAAGUGCGCUCAGAUGGACCGCAAUUCUUCCAUCCCAGUCCAACAACCGUGCGAGAACAGCACCAGUUGGCAGCGCACGCGCAGUGCCAGAGCCGCUCACGCCAAGCACGCCUGGACGUGGGGCGCCAAUAUGAUCUACAGCGCCGUCCAGAACAACCACAACUUCACCGGUUUCGUCGUUCAUUUCGACGACACGGAUAUACUCUCACCCGACGCGGUUUAUGUAUUACAACGCCUGCACGACAUACGGAAAACAAUGUGCCCGCUGUGUGCGAUAUCUUUAAAAUCUUUACUCCCACCCAAUGAAAAUGGCAACCUUCAUCACGUGACUACAAAACACAACACCGUCCACGCCGCAGCAGUCCGGUCGAGUUUUCUACACGGGUUUUCCCUGGGUCAGAAACUGUGGGACGCCUUGAAAGUCUGUUCCCCUCAGUACUGCCAGCAGGACCCUUUCAACUAUAGGACUUCCAUCGAGCAGGCGUUGAAUCACGGGUGUUUCGCCCAAAGACCGGGAUUUAUCCUCGCCACCUCCUCUACCCGACUUUACAACCAGAUCUGUUUUGAAAAAGAAAUUCGUGUAAACAGAGAAGAGGAUUUAUACCACAACUGGACUCCUGAUGUGCAAUCGAUAAUACUUUCAUAUUCGUCAAAAAUUCGCGUACAAAACUGCAACAUUGUUAACCCGCCCGUAGGUGCGGACUUAUUUCCGGGCCAUCUGCUGUUCCCGAAAGUGAUACAGGCGGAUAGUUUCGAACAAGAGAUUUUAACAGGCAGUCGACUUGACCUCAGGGUGUCGGGGAAGGUGGGUGAUGGCUGGGUGGACCCUCUAGAUGAAAAGUUGUGUACUGAGCACUUCCUAGGUUUUACCACGUCUGACAACCACACUUUCUAAGUGUUAUAUGUAUAUGUCUUAUUUGAUGUAAGUCGAUGAGAUUUCAGUUAUCAUUAGUAGGGUACAAACAAGUUACUCAUGAGAGAAUAAACAAAACUACAAUAGUAAGCCAUUCUUUCCGUGAACAAAAGAUUCAUGAAUAGUGUUGGCGCGUCUAGUUUCUAAGUGUCACUGUUAGCAACGAGUGUCAAUGAAAUGAAGUUUUGUCUUGCCUUGUAAAAGGUCUAAAAUUUUGUCUGUGCACAAAGAACUGAUCUUCUGAACUAAAACAAACACUAAACCGUGUACUAUAAUAGAGGGGGAGAACUGCAAUAUUUUGUGUGUGUGAAUAUUUAGACUUAUUUCCCCUGGCGAAAUUAAAAAUACUUUUUAAAAAUGUACAUGCUUAUUUAAACCUAUUUUUAAAACAUUUUCCCCACAUGUUACUGGUAAUUGACGCACAUUUUGCGAAAAUGUUUUUUGUGUAACUGAUUGUUUAGUAUAAGUAUACAGAUACAGUUUACUGGUCAGUCAUUUUGAUGCCAUCUGUUAUGGUUCCGUAGGUAUUUUACCAGGAAGAAAUCAAACGUUAAUAUCCUAAUUCGUCAACACUACAGACACAAAUCUAGAGGGAUUUUAGCUCUGCAAGUUUCGGCUAGUCGCCGUGGUAUAAGGUUACAAUAAGUUACAUGGAUGCAGAGACGAAAGAUUCACGAGUUAGGUGUCAAGGGCAUUUUGUCCUC